UUGUGUUUUUUUGGGGGCGGGAUGGUAUAAUUUUACACAUCAGUACAAGAAAUUCCAAGUGGCCACAAUACAGAAACAAAACAAUCGCGAAAAAUGAAUAAAACUCAAAAGAAACAAGAGUUGUUCGUGGAUGAAACAAUAUGGCGGAAAAAUUUCCACCAACUACAACAACCAACAUCAUCAAAUCGAUUCCCGAAAGAUCUUGAUGAAUUUUUAAAAUCGUAUCACAUAGCUGAGUUUCCAAUUGUGAAUUUGAACAAUAAAAUUCUUGAUGACAAACAGGAUUGUUUCAUUUCGCCUAGUUAUUUACAUGAUCUGCUACAGUCGGAAAUGGAUUCAAACAAAAUGGAUGAUAUAAUUCAAACUAUGGAGAAACGACUAAACGAUCGAUUAGGAAAGAUUAUUGAUGAAGUGAAUAGUUUUCAGAUAUUUUCUGAGAUUGAUAAAUUUUAAUAAUGAACGGAUUACUGUGAUUCAGUAUUAUUGAUUUUUAAGCAGUUUGUUUUCGCGAUUUUAAAAAUUGAUUUAGAUUCGUAGAUUUUUU